AUGAAUACCUCAAGUUUUGCUGUAGACUCUUCACGAGGAAAAACAGGAGACACAGCUAAGACAUUUAUUCUUCCUGACAAAUGUUUUCAAAAACAUGUUGGCUGUGCGUGGGGUCGAGGAAACAAGUUCACAAUAUAUCCUCGAAGCCAAACUGUGAACAAGACGCCUACAGAUGCUGCAGACAGCAAAUUGAUGAAUAUAAAACAAGACAUUCUGCUGUUCACACCAAUCCUUAGGAAACUUGUAAAUGAAUCUAAUGGAACAUACCUCUCCCUUCAAAAAGCUGCCGAGGCUGCUAAAGUUUCCGACAACCAAGUGGAAUUCCUCAAAUUAUCUCGGCAGUUCCGAUCAAUCAUUAGAGUCUGCUUAGAAAACCUCCAAGAGGCUGCUACAAAGGCUGAAGGCAUUGAAAAGAACAAUUUACUAUCCUACAUCACCAUCUUCUACUCCAUUGAAUGUAUAUGGCAUUUGUGUGAGAUUCUGUACAUAGACAAUAUACCCGGAGACAUAGUGUUGCCAUAUUUGCUGGAGUGGGUUCGGUUUCACUUCCCUUGUCAUGAGCAGACUGCUGCCCAGUUGCUGGGGGCUUGUGAGAGAGGAUCCGAGGAGCAUGAGGACUACUGGGACACCGUUGUGGGUAUGGUGGUGCAGGGCAGGGUGGAUGUGGCUAGAGCACUGCUCAAACUACACUCAGCUGGAGAGAGCAAUGAGUUCAAGUUGGUUGAUAACUCUCUGAGGAGCAUGCCGGUUUACAGUGUUUAUGGAGGUAUAUCAACUGGGGAGUUCACAAUAUCCUGGAAGCACUGGCAAGCUGAGUGCCGGUCCAAACUCGGCAGUAGAGUACUGGCCUCACAACCCAAACUAGAACUUAUCAUGAAGAUAAUAAUGGGCGACUAUUCAGCAUUCGAAUCGAUAAGGAGCAAGUAUUCUUCAUGGUUUGACAUCCUGGGUGGGUGGGUGAUGUUCACGGCGCCGUGGUCGCGCCGCCACGAGCUCGGGGCCGCGGCCGCCGCCUGCGCCGGCAUGCAGCCCGCCGGACGCUCGCACCUCGACGACAUGGUGCGGGCGCUGCUAGAAGGCGAUCUGCAUCAGGUGAUCCAUGAAAUCCAACAGAUAUCAGAUAAUGGCUGGUUUGCGACACAUCUCACUGACAUACUGUUUCACUGUGGCAAACUCACCAUUAUGGAUAAACACCAGACUAACGUAACCUCACGCCUCCGAGACAGUCUCAUCUUAGAGUAUGGUUGUCUCCUCAUGGAACACAAGUCCCUCUGGUCUGUCGGCCUCUCCUAUCUCGCCUCCUGUCCCCCAGAGGGGCUGAGAAGAGCAGAGCUUAUUCUGGAGAGAAUGCCAGUGGAUACAGAAGCUAAAGCUAUGAAGAUCAUUGCUGAAGCUAAGAAGUAUGAACUCAUUGGUGUUGCGCAGUCAGUAUGUCGCUGCAUGUGCGCGCGGCACCAGUCGGCGGGGCGCGCGGGCGGCGCGCUGUGCUGGGCCAUGCGCGGCCGCAGCAGCGCCGCCACGGCCCGCGCCGCGCACGCCGCGCUCGCGCACUACACGCAGCACGCCGUACUGCCCGCGCAGGACCUCCUGCUCACUGCCGGCUCCGCUAUGUUACUGUCUGAUGCACUACUAUUCUUAGGUAAAUACUGUGAUUUCCACAGACUGUACAAAACUAAAGAAUUCAAGAAAGCUGCUCAGUUACUAGUCUCUUUGAUUACAUCGAAAAUUGCACCAGAAUACUUCUGGGAAACACUACUGUUAGAUACUCUGCCACUUCUAGAAUCUGACGAGCCAGUGUUUACUUCAAAUGACACAUAUGAAAUCAUGUUGUGCCUAGAGCUUCGUUCCUCUAGCUUGGAUGGAGAGAAGGCUGAUCUCCUCCGCCUGGCAUUAGCUCGCAACCUCGCCAGAACAGCUCUGGCAGAGGGAGACGGCACAGAAGAAAAGGCUCAAUGA